AUGAGGCAGACGAAUCCUCUUGAUUUCCACAGUAGCAGCCAACAACGACAAACGAACGGGACGGGUUCUGAUUGCCAGAGCAUUUGUCCGCUAAUUUUCUCUAGCGUUGGAGGGCUAUGCUGUCUGUGCGUUCUCAUUGGUGGUAUUGCUGGUCUGGUGUAUUCGUCUUCCUAUUUUGAGGCCUUUGUAGAGACUCAAGCUACCAUAAUAGGGACAACCGAGAUGGAUGAAUUUCAACAUAGCAACGAGAAGCUAGACCCAUUUAACAACGACUUCGACGCGAAGUACUGUCCCACAAUCCAAUUCUUCACCGUGGGCGGAGCUAAUCCACGAAACAUUACCACCGUUCUGGAAUUCGACUGCAAGGAAAAUAAAGGAGAGAUAGAGCUGGGAGAAACCGUUGGUAUUCGGUAUGAUCCUUCCGAUCCGACAGAUGUUUUAGACGAGUCUGUUCCGUCGAUUGUUGAAGUGGCCAUGAUAUGUGUAAUUUCUAUAUCAGCGCUUUGUUCGAGUUGUUGUGUGGUGAUUGGGAUCAUUCUUUACAAGCUUCUGAAAGCCAGGAACAAGGCACAAUACGACACUACCGAUUCAGAUGCCAACAACUUCUCUAAUCCAUCAUCUGUUCAAAUGGCAAACCUCAAUGUGAACCACACUCGGCAUAUGCCCCCCAAUGGGUACAAUGACAGAAAUGAAUACAAUUCUGCAACAGAUCCCUUUGAAAGAGGUCCAAUUGAAACCACACUAUCGGCUGCAUUCCCAGAACCUGCAGUUCCCAUGCACUCGUCGCCCGAAGUGCACCCAGAAGCAAUAUCAAUUCCAGUCUAUCCCGAAGGAACUUAUACAAGUACUGCCAUUGCCGCAGGAGACGAAGUGCCACCCAUUGUGGGUUGUACCUUGAUUCCGUCUGAUACAACCACAGCACCACCACGCACCCAAACCUAUGUGAGUCCGUCGAGCCUGCCCAUGGACCCACCCGAAUCAUCCUUUGUGAGUCAUCCAUCUGAAAUUCAUGAAGCAUAA